AUGAAUACCUUUGAGGCAGACCUUCCUCAGGAUUCUGCCGCAGAGCAGUCGUCGGAAGAGAUCAAGCGUGAAGAGGCCAUGGGUGGCAAGCUGAAUCCAGCGCAAGAAAGUACCUUCCCUCUGACCCACAAUGAGCCGCUCUCCCUGGCAUUUAAACGGCAAGUGCUGAGCACAGCGCGUGCGUAUUUGUCGGAGAAGCAGGAGGAGCGGCAACCAGGGGAUCGACUUGGCUUGAGAUGUGCUGUUCUGGCCUCCAGACGUACUUCCAAGGCAUCGCGCUUCAUUCGAAAUCUGAAGGAGAAUGCCAUCGAGCAGAAACUACUUGCCGUUGAAAAACGCAUGCAACACAUGGAGGGCGACGAAACUGGCCCCGAUCAGAUGCUGGAUGAAGCAUGCCAACUGGCGGCGCAGUUGCACGAGCUCUCAAACAAUGACAGCAUCAAUCUGGAAAUCGGCCAGAUCGCUGAGUCCAUCACAGUUUGCACAGAUCUUCUAAACAAUUUGCGUGCCACUGGGCUGUCGCACACGCUUCACUUGGAGCAGAUUGCAGAAGAUUUGAACGGCGUUCACGAAGGUCAUGGCAUCUCCAAAGCUUUGCUCUCUGAACUUCAGAAGGACAUUGCAGCCAUGCGUUCAGCCAUCGAAUCCAUGAAGAUUGGGUCCGGAACCGUGGCUCCAGUGGCGGCUUCAAACUCGGGAAGGUGCCCAACUGUAGACACAGCAGAAAGCAUGUGCCCUUUGCUGGACAAUUUGGAAGAACGAACCACCAUCUUGCUCAGCGAGAUGGGGGAAGCCGCAGAAGCUUGGAUCCCAGCCGCGAGUAACCCCAAUAAGGGUUGA